AUGCAGAUGCGCUUUGACGGGCGCUUGGGCUUCCCGGGCGGUUUCGUGCAUUUCCCGGACCGCAGCCUGGAGGACGGGCUGAACCAGGAGCUGCUGGAGGAGCUGGGCGAGGCCGCGACCGCCUUCCGCGUGGAGCGCGCCGACUACCGCAACUCCUACGUGUCGUCCGCGCCGUCGGCCCCGCGCGUCGUGGCCCAUUUCUACAUCAAGAGCCUGCCGCUGGAGCAGCUGAAGGCCGUGGAGAGGGGCGCGCCGCUGGCCCAGGACCACGGGCUGGAGGUGCUGGGCCUGGUGCGGGUGCCCCUGUACACGCUGCGGGACGGUGUGAGCGGCCUGCCUGCCUUCCUGGAGAACACCUUCAUUGGGACUGCCCGGGAGCAGCUGGUGGAAGCCCUCCAGGACUUGGGACUGCUAGAACCUGGCUCUGCCCUCAGGCCUUAA